AACUGCUCCGAAGGAACAUCGUAUCAGAUGAUGUCCCGCUCCCCCGGGGGCUCCUAGAAGGUCGGACUUUGCCCCUGUGGGGAAUAAAAGGCUCAAUUCCGCUACCGCCAGUACCGUGCCGCCGCCGGGACCGCCACCAACCGUCUCCCCGAUGCCGCCACGACCACCACCUUGGAGGCUCCUGACCAGCGAGUGCCCAGCAGGGACAGAGGCACACACAACACGUGUCUCUGUCAUGGGAGGGGGGCGUGGAGAGCCAAAGCAUCACUGGGAGCAAAGCUUCUCUCCCAGACCCCAGGCAAGGAGCCCUACCUUUCCAUGUCCGCAGCAACAGACCUGCUGAAGAAUAUGGAAUCAAAAAGUACAGAAGCUGGAAACAUGGAAACAGGAAAUUUGGAAGCAAAAAGCACGGAAGCUAAUAAUUUGAAAAUUGGGACAUUGUCUUCUGUCUCGGCCCUGCAAGCACUGUCCAGUCUACUGUAUCCUGAAGAGGAAGAUGAUUUUGAUGCUGAACAGGGACAAUGCUCACCUGCUAUUGGAGCCCUAAGCCCUGGGAAUAUUGGACCACCUAAAGCAAAAGAGUCCAAAGCCAUUCUUAAAUCCAUUUGUGGCGAAAGUGAUAACAUCUGGAAUCCAGAAGAGGUUCCAGAAGGAGCAGAGCAUGAUGAUAUAUGGGAUCUUCGAGAAAUCCCAGAGUAUGAGAUUAUAUUCCAACAAACUGUGGGAACUGAAGACAUAUACCUCGGAUUAACAAGAAAGGAUCCCUCAAUAGCAUGUUGUGAUGAGCUGGUGGUGAAAAUUAAACUACCCGAUACAAAUCCUUCUGAAAUUCAAAUUGACAUCCAAGAAAUGUAUCUUGAUCUUCGCACUCCUAAAAAGAAGCUGUUAGUAAACUUUCCCCAGCCCGUGCACUAUAACACUGCUAAAGCAGCCUACAUCUGGGAAGUUGAAACACUUGAAGUCAGGAUGGCCCUGAAAAGGGAGUUUGACUAUAGUCUUUCCUGAAACUUCAUGAAUAAGGAGAAGAGACAGAGAAAUU